GUGCAUCCCAAUCAUGAAGCUUUCUAUUGUUAAUCUGCUCGCUGCAACUACGCCUGUAUUGUCACUGUCACAGGUGCCCUUCCAGGAGACGCUGGACGUCGAGGGCUUCCAGGUAUACCAGAGCCAGUUCUCCGAGCACCAUUCCAUCCGCAUCCGAGAGCAGCAAGACAACUCCAUCUGUGAUGCACGUUCCAAACAGUAUACCGGCUGGCUAGAUGUCGGCUCGAAGCACAUCUUCUUCUGGUACUUUGAGUCGCAGAACAAGCCGUCUGAAGACCCGCUGCUGCUAUGGCUGACAGGAGGCCCCGGUGGCUCUGGUAUGCUCGGCUUGAUGGGUGAACUAGGACCAUGCAUGAUCAACGAACACGGCAACGGUACGGUGUACAACGAAUAUGGAUGGAGCAAGAAUGCAAACAUUAUUUUUGUCGACCAGCCGGCUGGCGUAGGCUUCAGCUAUGUGGACCAAGGCAUCCCGGUUCCGGCGACGAGCUUUACGGCAGCGGAGGACAUGCAUCAUUUCCUCCAACUUUUCACCAGCGACGUCUUCCCCAGCCUUCUUGAAAGGGAAUUCCACAUUACUGGAGAAAGCUAUGCAGGCCACUACGUCCCGGCACUUGGGGCGCAAAUUGUAUCUCAGAACCUCUUGUAUCCCAAGCGACCGCAAGUCAAUCUCAAAUCAACCUUUACUGGCAAUGCAUAUGUCUCGCCCAAGGACACUACGUUUGGCUACUGGGAGACGCUUUGUACAACAAACCCCGGCGUUGACAAGCCCGUCUUCAACCAGACUCGCUGCGAUAUCAUGGCCGAACACCUACCUCGCUGCAUGGAGCUUACCAAAGUGUGCUACGACCACCCGGAUCCGGCCAUUUGCAUCGCGGCUCAAAAGGUAUGCGACAAAGGAGUUCUUUUGUACUACGACGACGAAUCCGGCAAAGGUGGACGCAAUCCCUACGACAUCACGCGCGGCUGCGAGACCAAGGAUGAUUUGUGUUAUUUUGAGAUCCAAAGAAUCCAGAAGUACAUGAGUUCGCUGCCGGUUCGGCAGGCUCUUAACGUGCCCAAGGCUGCAGGCAAAUUUUCAGUCAUCUCAGGAGCCGUUGCGUGGGCGUUUGCCUUGACGGGAGACGGGGUUCUCAGCAUGCAGCCACAAGUGCAGUAUCUUCUCGAGCACGGCAUUGAUGUGAUGUUUUACCAGGGAAACCUUGAUCUUGUUUGCAACACUGCAGGCAACCUACAGUGGGCAAGCACCAUGCCCUGGAAAGGACAGCCUGCUUUUGUCGCGCAGCCGAAGCGCAUGUGGACGAACGAGGGAGAAGAAGUGGGCUGGUUCAAGGAAGUCAAGACGAAGACUGCAAGCGGGAGAGAGACGACUUUUGCUUUUACCACGGUCGAUGGAGCGGGGCAUCUCGUACCCUUUGAUAAGCCCAAGGAGGCGUUGGCGCUUGUGGAUAGGUGGCUGCAGAAAAGGAGCUUUGCCUGAGUGUUGUGUUUC